AUGGCUGAAUUGCUGCUGGAGAAGGGCGCCGACAUCAAUGCGCAGGGUGGACGCUUCGGCAACGCACUCCAGGCGGCUUCAUUUGGAGGCCACGAGGCGGUAGUAAGGCUGCUGCUGGAUAAGAGCGCCGAUGUUAACGCGCAGGGUGGACGCUUCGGCAACGCACUCCAGGCGGCUUCAUUUAGAGGCUAUAAGGCAAUGUUAGAGCUGCUAUUGGAUAAGAGCGCUGAUAUUAACGCACAGGGUGGAGAGUACGGCAACGCACUCCAGGUAGCUGCAUCUAAUGGCAACGAGGCAGUGGUGAGGCUGCUGCUAGACAAGGGCGCCGACAUCAACGCGCAGGGUGGAGAGUACGGCAACGCACUCUAUGCCGCUGCUGCUUGA